CGGGUUUCAAAACCUUGCUCGAGAGGUCAUUUUGCAAAUUGCAUCAAAUUAGGGAAGAAGGCUGAGAAGAAUGAUGAAGGUGGCCCCAACGAUAGUAUUCCUGUUCAAAGACUCAGAUGGAUUGGCUACCGCCAUCGCUGAUGCCCUCCACCCUACCACUGGCUCCUCUUUUCACAGAUUAGAAGACUCGUUCGAGCUAUCACUGGCCCGAUAUGGAAUCCAAGAUGUUAAAGCGAAAGGCAAUCUAAUUCAUUUUAUCGACAAUGAUAGCAAUUAUCAGGUGUCAGUUUUGCUCAUGGAUAAGUAUGAGCCGCCAAACUUGGUGUGUGCCUUAAGUGAAGUUUUGACCCAAAUAAUAGGGGAAGCAUCAGCAGGCCUACUAACGCUUAUAGUUCCAUUUAUUGGCACAUCUACGAAACUUAAAUGGGAGAGCAGAACCUCAACAAAGGAUGAUAGCAAAGUUUCAAUAUAUGGUGAGCGAAUAGGUCCAGAAACAGAUAUAACUCGGGCCAUUGCUAGUAGAACCCAAAAGCCACCAUCAUCAUUGCAGGUUCAUUAUGAGCCUUUAGCCUGCUUCCUUCAGUUAGUUAGUGUAUUAAAAUUGCCAACUUCAGUUCUUAUCGGGCAAAGAGCUCGAAGCGGUUCAGAUAAAGCUGCUGAAGGAGAGCUUGAGAUACUCUAUGAGAUAGGAGAGCUUUUGGCAUCCACUACUUGCUUGUGCUUCUUGAGGGAGAAACUCAUUUGGAAUCCAGAAAAUGCAACAAAGGAUAGUAAAGAGCCAUGGCGUGCACUGUAUGGUUGAAAUUCAGGUAUUUGUGAGCUUUAGAAGUGGAGAAGUUACAAGUAAUUUGGUGCAUCUGAUUGAAAAACUAUGGAUCCUUAUGGUGUCUGUUAUGAAAAUUCAUAGACAUUACAGUUGUUAAAUGGCAAUCAAUUUAUCAGGAUGUUCAGGGGGUUGUGCUCUAGUCCCUAUGGAUCCUUACGGUCAACUUGGCUGGAAAAUUAUAUAGUGCAUUCGUUGUAUGUGCA